AGCUGCUACGUUUUGUUUACAUUCCCGCAAAAAAAAAUCAAAACAAAAGAAUAAUGCAGGAAAAUAUAACAAAUUUAUUUAACUUACUGCCCAAUUUAGAUGAUAUUAAUAACAUUUGUUUAAAAGAAAAAGAAGCAAAUUACAUUUUAACGAAAGCUAGUACUGAUUUACUAGCCAAUACGCUGGAUAAAGAAACUGCACAGGAUGAGAUUGAAGAAGCAACAUAUUUGGUGCAAUCAUUAAUAGAUAAAUGUUGGGAACGUAUACAUACGGGACAUUUUAGUGAAGUGCCACUGGAAAUACGAAAAAUCUAUGCCUUAGCUUGUUACUUUAAGAUAUUGUUUUUACUAAUUGAAAGUACAGAUUCCCAGCAAUUAGAAAAAUGUAGUGUACUGUUAGAUGAUGCAAUUUUGAUAGGUUGUACGCAAGAUAUUUAUGCCAAAAGUCAACAAUUUAAAGAUCUUCUAAUAGAAAUUUUGGACAAACAAUUGGAUCCCUGCCACGACUUAAAAUUACUGAUUAUAGAUAAUCCCCCUAGACUCGAUAUCAACUGUGAUAUUUUACAACUCAACAAACCCUCGGUGCUAGAUUUUCAACAGAUAUGUUUUGAUAGACAACAACCUGCUCUACUACUCAAUACAUUUCAACAUUGGCCUGCUCUCGAAAAAUGGCGUGAUUUAAAUUAUAUACUCAGAAUAGCUGGCAAUCGUACUGUUCCUAUAGAAAUUGGUUCUAACUAUGCCAACGAUGAAUGGUCACAACAAUUAAUGAAAAUUAAAGAUUUUUUAAAAAGACAAUUUACCCACAACACUGAGCAGUCAACGGAUGUAGAAUAUUUAGCUCAACAUGAACUAUUCGAACAAAUUCCACAACUAAAAAAAGAUUUCUCCAUACCAGACUAUUGUUCGGUAGGCAGCAGCAAAGAGGCAAUUGAUAUUAAGGCUUGGUUGGGUCCCAAAGGCACCAUAUCUCCCCUGCACUAUGAUCCUAAACAUAAUUUACUUUGUCAGGUGUUUGGUUCGAAAUCUAUUAUAUUAGCUUCACCCGAAGAUACGCCGAACUUAUAUCCUCACGAAGGAGAAUUUUUACAAAAUACUUCACAAAUUGAUGCUAAAAAUUUAGAUGUUAAAAAGUUUCCUCUUGCGGAAAAGGUGAAAUUUUAUUAUUUGGCUUUACAGCCAGGUGAUUGUUUGUAUAUGCCUCCGAAAUGGUGGCAUUAUGUACAAUCGAAUAGUCCUAGUUUUUCAGUUAGUUUUUGGUGGGAGUGAAGAAUAAUAGCCAAUAAAAUCGUUUUACAAAAAA